CAUAUUUCCUGCAUCUCAACAUCUCACGCAUCAAAAACUUUUAGAGAUCUGCUACAACCAUGGUGAGCUUCUGUCCUAUAUGUGGGAAGCCUGUUUAUUUUGGUGAGAAGAAGAGGUCAUUGGGACGGGAUUACCACCCGUUGUGCUUGAAGUGUCACAAGUGUAAAAGACAGCUAAAUGCCGGCCAGCAUGCAGAGCACGAUGAGAAGCCAUACUGCACUAACUGCUACAUGAGAGAUUUUGGACCCAGAGGUAGCCGAAAACCUGUUGCUCGAACAGCUUCUUAAGAGGGGUCUUGCAGUCUUGAGAAACACACUGGAUCUGCUUUUUCUCUUACAGUAUCUGCUUUACACUGCCACAAACAGCAAACCACUGUUAAAUACUGCCAAGUUGAUCUCUCCUUACCACAGAAUAAAACACAACUCCACCCUUAUGAUUCCAUUCAGCAUAAAUGACCAGAAUCAACAGCCAUCCACGUUGGCAUUAUCUCAGGGAAAUGCUCUACUUCGUGUGUUUAAAUCUUUUGCCUUGAUUUCACAGUUAAGGCACCUAAAUAUUGUACAUUAUUUUUUAAUUGAGUUGUAUCUUAUUCUUUAGAAUGGGAGAUGAGAAAAUAUCAAACUGUAUGGUGAAACGAAUGUUGGUGUAGGAAGGCUGUUAUGUACAAGCAUCGUAUGUUUUUGAUUUCAAGACUCUGUAUACCAUUAAUUAAUUGAUUAACUUGAAACACAAUGUAAUUUUUUUUCUGUUCUAUUAUUGUUUGUUCUUUUCUGGGAUUUUGUGGAUCAGAGGCUAUAAAACAAAGAGUUUCUUAACCAGGCAGCAAAAGUAUCUACAAAGCAAAAAUGACAAUAAUUAAUCAUUGUGUCUUUUUAAUUAGAAGCAGAUGCUUGCGUCCCAAACCUCAUGGCGCAUAAGUGAUGGCUUUAUCAGUUUUGUUAAUUCAGGAAGAAUACAUAUUUGAUUUUAUGAUUUUAUCUGUUUUUUUCUCAUUAGUUCAUUGAAAAGAAGUGUCACUCAGAGCUGCCAACUAGCGUAUUGUCAACUCAUUGAAUCAGAAGAAUAAUUUCAUAUUUCUUAUCCUCAAAUCCAUAAAAUAAACUGUAAAAAUAAUAAUGCAAUAAUUACUAUUAAUUUUAUGGAACACUUUUUUUUCUGUUGAAAAUUGCAUUUGAAUAAUUGAAGAUUUGUACCUCAAAAUGUAACUGCCUACAAUUGGAAU